CAGCAAACGGGAAGAGGUUUCCGAAUGACCUCGAAAAAUAACCCUCAGAAACCAAAAAAGGACAAAGAUGGAGAGACCAGAUUCACCCUCACCCAGUACUGUGUCUCUAAAGAGUGACAACUCAAUGAUAGUACCAAUCAAAUUUGGUGUAACUGACAAGAGUACUGUGUUGGAGAGACCAGAUUCACCCUCACCCAGUACUGUAUCUCUAAAGAGUGACAACUCAAUGAUAGUACCAAUCAAAUUUGUUGACAGGAGUCGUAUGGAACUGAUAUAUUCAAACUGGCUACAGAUGUAUUCAUCUAAAGAUGUAUUCAGAUGUGAAUUGUGUCAUGAACUUUUAAGCGACCCUGUCUCUAAUACAUGUGGACACAACUACUGCAAGCAGUGCAUCACCACAUACUGGACACAACAUAAAAAUGGAAUGUGUCCAAAGUGUGGAAAGAGAUCAAAAUUAGAAGAUUGUAUGGCAGUCACCAACAAAGCUCUGGCUGAAGUGAUAGAGAAAAUCAAGCAGGCAAAUGUUAAAAUACCUACGGAAAGUAAGAUCAGUGACUUUGGCAAGGAACUUUGUCAUAACCAUGAGACUGUUCUUGAUAUGUUCUGUAUGACUGAUCAGAUCCCAAUCUGCAAGAACUGUGCUGUACAGAAGCACAAAGGACACAAAAAACGUUACACAACGGUGAAACCAAAUACAGUGUCUGUUUUACAAGGCAAGCUGAGUACAAUGACUCCAAGUGUAUUUAGAGAUUUUAAAAGACACCUUUGCCUAGAAUACAGCGAGUGCUUUGAGAGCCUGGAGGAUGAUUCUGAUCGUAGGAGUAUUGCUGGACGAAUGAUGGAAUGUUUCUCUGGAGAGGAUGCCUUAAAAAUUGCUUUUCAUUUCUUGCCCCCAAGUUCAUCUCUCUUAACUUGCAUUGAAAAACUAAAAGCAAAGCUAAAAAGAACAUUCACACAUUUACACGAAGGAAAUAAACAAGUCGGAAAGCCGUCUUUAUUGGAGGAAAUUUACACCCAGCUCUACAUUACUGACGGUGGAACUGGAGAAGUUAACACCGAGCAUGAAAUAAGACACAUUGAGGCAGCAGCUAAGAAUCUAAACAUGCAAGAAACUCCAAUCGACCAUAGUGACAUCUUCAAGUCAAAAGAUCACAUUAAAACAGUUCUAACCAAAGGAAUAGCUGGAAUUGGAAAAACAGUCUGUGUGCAGAAGUUUGUCUACGACUGGGCAGACGGUAAAAUAAAUCAAGAGAUCCACCUCAUUCUUCCUCUAUCCUUCCGUGACCUGAACCCUGAGAGAAAACGAGUCUACAGUCUGAUGGACCUUCUCCUGCACUACUUCCCAGAGCUUGCAGAGGUGGAAAACCUUCAGAGUGAAAACAUAAAACUCUUAUUGAUCCUGGAUGGCCUAGAUGAGUGUCAAAUACCGCUGGAUUUUCAAAACCAACACAAAUGGCAUGACAUUACAAAACCCACUACGCUUAGUGUGCUUCUUGUGAACCUAAUUCAGGGCAACCUGCUCCCCUCGGCUCAUCUUUGGAUCACAUCCCGUCCGGCCGCGAUCGAGCAGAUUCCAAAGGGUUGUGUUCAACGAGUGACUGAAGUCAGAGGAUUUCAGGAUAAACAAAAGGAGGAGUAUUUUAGGAAGAAAUUUACAGAUGAGUCCCUGGCCAAUAAAAUUAUUGGACAUGUCAAGUCUUCUCGAAGCCUUCAUAUCAUGUGUCACAUUCCAGUCUUUUGUUGGAUUUCAGCAACUGUUCUCGAAGCUUUUCAAAUGGCACCAGACAGCAGUGAAAUCCCCAAAGACCAGACACAACUGUACACACACUUUCUUCUCAUUCAGACUAGUAUUAAGAAUGAAAAAUACCAAGGACUGAGAACUUAUGAUCCAAAGCAGUUUUCUGAACUGGACAAAGAGAUGAUCAUGAAGCUGGCACAUCUGGCUUUCAAAGAGCUACAAAAAGGGAAUCUGAUAUUCUAUGAGGAAGACUUGCAGAGGUAUGGAAUUGACGUGAGCAAAACUUCACAGUUCUCAACUUUAUGCACUCAGUUUUUUAAAGAGGAAGCUGGUUUCUACAGUAAAAAGAUCUUCUGCUUUGUGCAUUUGAGUGUUCAGGAGUUCCUCGCUGCUUUGUACGUACUGUGUGUAUAUGUAAAUGAGGGCACCAAUGUUUUCAUGACAGAACCCACACAAAAGGAUAGAGUGAAACUGUCUGACGUUCUGAAGUGUGCUGUGAGCAAGGCUGUGCAGUGUAAGAAUGGAAAUCUUGACCUCUUCCUUCGCUUUCUGUUGGGGCUCUCGCUUGAUUCCAAUCAAAAGCUUCUGCAGGGUCUCCUGGCUAAAAACACAAGUUCUCCCAAAAGCAUCGAGAAGACUGUCGAAUUUAUUAAAGAAACAAUUAAGAGGUCAAACCAGUCAGAGCGGAUCAUCAACCUGUUUCACUGCCUGAAUAAACUUAAUGACAACUCUCUGGUUAAAGACAUUCAGAAUAUUUUACAAAGUGAAAAAGUCCCUAACAAGACCCUGAAGCCAGACCAAUGUUCAGCACUGGCAUUUGUGCUUCUCAUGUCAGAGGGCAUCAUUGAAGAAUUUGAUUUGAGAACGUACAACACAGAACAAGCUGGACGGCAAAGACUUCUACCUGUUGUGAAAACAGCUAAGAAAGCAAUACUCUCUGGAUGUAAGAUUUCUGCUGAAGCUUGUACAACUGUGGCUUCUUCUCUCCGGUACGCAAACUCUCCAGUUAGGGAGCUAGACCUGAGCUUCAAUACCUUCAGAGAUAAUGGAGUCAAUCUGCUCCUUGCAGGACUGAAAAGUCCACAUUGCUGGUUAGAGAAACUAAAUCUUGCUUGCUGUGGGAUCACAGACACGAGUUGUAAAACGCUAGCCUCUGCAUUAAGAACUGAAGGUUCCCAUCUUACACAUUUAGAUCUUUCUUUUAACCAGCUAAGAGAUGCUGGUGUGGAACAACUAGAGUUGGGACUACAGAGUUCGCAUUGUAACCUACAGUGGUUAAGCCUUAGGGAAUGUGCCCUUACAAAGAACUCCUGCAAAUACCUUUCACGAGUGCUGCAGUCACCGAACACAAAGCUCAUUGAGUUGAAUCUGAGGGACAACAACCUGAAGGAUUCUGGUGCAAAACUGCUUUCACAUGGACUAGAAAAUGAAAAUUGCAAGCUCCAGACACUCAGCUUGUCAGGGUGUCAGAUUAUGAAAGCAGGCUGCCAGUUCCUGUCUGAAGCUUUGUCUUCAAACUCUCAACUCAGAAGCCUUGACUUGAGCUACAAUUAUCCCGAAGAAGCAGAAGAGUUUUUUUCAUAUACACCCUCAGUGAAAGUGAACUUUGACCAUGGUGGGACAUCACGAAUCAAGUCAGGACUUAGGAAAUAUGCUUCCCAGCUCACUUUUGACUCAAACACAGCAAACGGAAAUCUGAAGCUGUCUGAAGGAAACAGAAAAGUGUCUGUGGUUGCAGAGAAACAGGCCUAUCCUGACCACACCGAAAGAUUUAUUCAUGUUCCUCAAAUUCUGUGUGAGGAAGGCCUGACUGGGCAGCGCUUUUACUGGGAAGUAGACUGGACUGCCAGUGGAACGUUCAUUGGAGUAACCUAUAAAACAAAGACUGUGGAAAAUCAGGGAUGGAAUGCUAUAUUUGGACUGAACAAUAAAUCCUGGGGGAUCUUGUGUAAUGACCAGGAAUACAUCGUCUGUCACAAUAAAAGCAGAACUUCCAUACCAUCUCCUUCACAGUCACGCAUGGUGGGAAUUUAUCUCGACUGGCAGGCUGGAACUCUUUCUUUCUACAGUGUCAGACCAGACAAGCUGACCCUUCUGCAUACAACACACAAUACAUUUACUGAGCCUCUUUAUCCAGGAUUUGGACUUAAGGUCCAGCAGUCUACGGUGACUUUGUGUCAGAUGGACUAAAUAUUUCCAAUGAUUCAAAUUUAUUGGCAUGUCAAAGCCCACCUUCAGUUUAAAUGAAGUACAUAGAUUACUAAAUCAUAGCAUUCUGUUUUAAUGUGCUAAAUGCCAUAUACUUAAAAUCUGAUUUGAUUAUUUAAUUCUCCUAAUAGUGGGCGGCACAGUGGGUAGUGCUGUCACCCAGAGAUGUUCACAAGUCACAAAAUACAAGUCUGAGUCAAGUCACGAGUCUUUAGACUAGAGUCCGAGUCCAGUCAUGAGUCUUUAGACUAGAGUUUGUCAAGUCACGAGUCUUUAGGCUAGAGUCUGAGUCACGUCACAAGUCUUUAGGCUAGAGUCUGAGUCAAGUCAUGAGUUUUUAGGCUAGAGUCUGAGUCAUGUCACAAGUCUUUAGACUAUAGUCCGAGUCAAGUCACGAGUCUUUAGACUAGAGUUUGAGUCAAGUCACGAGUCUUUAGGCUAGAGUCUGAGUCAAGUCAUGAGUUUUUAGACUAGAGUCCGAGUCAAGUCACAAGUCUUUAGGCUAGAGUCCGAGUCAAGUCACAAGUCUUUAGACUAGACUCUGAGUCAAUUCACGAGUCAAUACUAUAUACACAAAACAUAUACUGGAAAUGUAGCAUAGAAAUAAACAAAUAAUAUGUAAGUUCAGAUAAAAAACAACUACAGAUUAGCAACUGCAUUUAGCUGUUUUACUUAGUACCUUUACUUUCCUAGUCAUUGUGCAAAUGAAUGUAAUUUUCCAUAACAUUAAGGUACCAGUUAAAAGCUUAAACUGACAUGUUUUGUUUUCAAUGCAAAACAAAAGCGCACGAUAAAUCAUGGCACAGCGGCCAAACUCCAAAACACAGCAAAAAAAAUAACCGCUGCUUACCUUAGCUUAUGUUCUUCCAGAUGCUAUUAAAUGUAUAACCGUGUGUUGUCCCAUUAGGAAUAUAAUCCAUUAUUUUGCUAAUGUGCUUAUAAUUAAAAGCCUCCAAACUUUUCCUGGUUGUGAAGUAAAACACUAACUCAUUAGAAAGCCAAUCAAGAGUUUCAUUGACACAUCAUCUGUGUGACGUAAACUGAAUAAAUGCAAAUAACAGCAUUUUUUACUAAAGGUCUGAUUGGUUCAGAAAGCGGUCUUUCAACCAUUAGCGUCAAUUCUGUAGGAGCGUUCUAUUCACCCCAGUUGUUCCUGUGAAGUGCACUACGUAGGGUAUUCCACCAUUUUAUCAUAUGUCACAAGAAGAGACUGUGUCCCAAAUCAAAAUAUGUGCCGACAUGCAUGUUUAUUUAUAUAUUUGUAUAAUUGUCACACGUAACUAAUGUUAACACAUGCUGAUGCUAGGGACUCUUGUUGUUUACGAGUCAUUUUUUUUUGCGAGUCAUGAGUCGAGUCCUCAUCUCUGCUGUCAGCUCACAGCAAGAAGGGUUUGAUAGCAAAUACAAUACUUCUCUAUGUUGUCUACUCACCAAAUUUGAGGUGCAAACAUAACCUAAAUGUACACCUACAGGAUCACUACACUUAAUUGAAUGUUAAAGAAAGUGGACAUGGUCUAAUGGCUUUGUUGUUGUUUUUUAUAUAUAUAAUUCUGCUAGUUGUACAAAUAGUAAUUAAGAACUGUACUGCUAUGUAACUUAUGGUAUUUCUUUAAUACUGUGGUCUUGUUCAUAAAUGGUAUGAUGUGUUCUCAUUAAGAAUUUUUUUUUAUUAUUUUGUAUCAUUGUCUGCACUUCAGUAAAUAAAUGUACAAUAUUGUUUUUAUUUUGUAAUUGGAAGACCAAUGAAAUUAGCUUGACAUCACUAGGCACUUGAAUCUCUGGGCACAAUGCAGUACCACACCCCAAGCUCGAUUUAUCGCAGGGCCUCGGCCAUCUCCCAUUCUUCGUUCGAUAGCACUGCUGGGGAUUUUAACUCUGGAAUCCAGCAGUACUGGGACACCUGACCACGAGCUUGUUGGACAUCCCAUUACAAAACCAUAGCAAUUCAUAUAUUGAAUUGCUUCCUCUUUUCUUUGUAGCUUUAGAAUACUGUCUGAAGGAAUCUGUGCCCUAUUCAAGUGUUAAUCAAGCUGAUUAAAAAAGGCAAAGGGUAUUUUGUGAGCUGCUAAAGAGGUUCUGGAGUCUUAGGGAGCCCAGAUAGAGCAAGAGAGUUAAUUAUCUUGAUCCUGUAAUUAACUGGCUAAUGUACAAGGCUUUAAUGUUUUCAUUGACCAAUUAAACUAUAAUUUGUAAAUAUUAA